AUGUGGUACGUUGAAAUCUCGAAGGAUUGGGACGUUCUUGGCCCCUUCCCAAUACAUGCCAGGGAACAAUACUUCUUGUCCCCCUCGUUCCCAGUAAAUGUGCACGAACCAAUAGAUUUGACUAAGAAGUACCCAUCUUCGUACGCUGACGGCGGGAACGUUUCGUGGACAACCACAACGUCCAACAAAGCUGGGGAAAUCAAAGUCGCUUUCCCUAACAUAAGGUGGCAAUCACUUCGCGCGACGGAGGGUUGGGCAGCGCUCCAGCAUCACGCAGUCCUUCGCGGCACCCUCACGGUGUCUUCUACUCCCCCGUAUGGAAUCCGAGAGAGACCCCGCCUCCUUGUUCAAUUAUUACAAGGCUCAUUCUUCACGAUCAUUCCCUCUGACCUUACGAAGAGCCAAGGGAUUACUCCCAGGUGGUACCAUGGCAAUAUAUAUGCCAUGGAACGCGCCCUACCUCAAGCAGUAGACCUCCCAGUCCCACCCGAGGCCUCAAAGCAAACGCAAUAUACCAUUUUCAUUAGUGGUGACUUCGAGAUCCGUUUGUUUGGCGACCCAAGCGCAUCCAAGCAGGAGUACCCUGUCCAGAGCCUGCAGAUAGGCGUGAAUAUCGAGCUUCCAACCAGGGAUCCAAGUACGCAUGUGGUACAUGAACCGACCCAAGAUGUCAUGUGUGACUUUGUUGAUGGAUGGGCCUUUGGCAAUGCCUUGGGCAUUGGCAUGCGAAGUGUCGAUGGCUGGUGGACCGUUAAAGAAGUCACGCUCGAGGACAGCAACCCAGACAAUAUUCCAAAGGAUAUCACCUUGCGUCUCAAGCAAGAAACACAUUUGGCGCCCUCUCAAACCAGAAUCAUACCAAUAGUCAUUGAACAACAUUCAGCCUUCUGCGGAGGCGAGCUACGAAUCCGUGUGCGGGCACAAGGCCAGUCGACGCUUUAUCCUUCUACCGUAUCCGUCACUGUCCCCAUCAAACACCUGGAAGGGUGGGAUGGCAAAGAUCGUCCCAAAUUGUACUCGAUCAAAGCCUCGUAUUUCUACGCUCACUCCAUGCCGACGAACUUUGUGGUUGUCCCGCCCCUGUACCGAAAUGAAGGAGAGGUUUCCAAAGCUCCCAUCCUUUGCCUACAUGGCGCGGGUGUCGACGUUAUCGGCACUCCGUGGUGGGUCGAAUCCUUACCACGCAUGAACAAUAGCUGGCUUGUCAUCCCAACUGGGAGAACGUCUUGGGGCCUGGACUGGCACGGUCCAAGCGCAAAAGAUGCAUGGGGUUCGCUGGAUGCUCUUGUUAGCAUUGCCGAGGCCAACCUGGCCUGGAAAGACUGGCGACUGCCAAUAAAUCCAUCUGCCGUCAUUCUUGGACAUUCCAACGGCGGACAAGGUACUUGGUAUCUCGCCUCUCGGUAUCCUGAUAGAGUAUUAGCUGCCGUACCUAUGGCCGGUUACAUCAAGUCGCAAGCGUACGUUCCCUUGACCCAGUCGAGGUCGGCACACUACAUGGAUCCUGCUCUGCGAGCAAUCCUACAGGGCACACUAACCCCAGACGACAACGACUUGUUUUUAUCAAACUUAGUCGAUAUGCCUGUUCUCGCUAUCCAUGGCGGGAUUGACGACAAUGUCCCUGUGUGGCAUUCUCGGGAAUAUAUCUCCAUCAUCAAAGCUUUGAACCCAAAUGCAAACGCGACAUAUCGAGAAGAUGCCGGCCAACUUCAUUGGUAUCCUGAGGCCAUCACUCACCCUGACACACUAGCUUUCAUUAAGAAGUCCGUGAGUCUGGAGGUGAGAAAGCCGCCUGUGGAGUUUACCUUGACCGUCGCGAACCCUUUGGAAAGUGGGCCCAUGUAUGGACUUCAGGUGGUAUCCCUCCUUGUCCCAGGAAGACUAGGUAGACUGAAAGUUCGCAUCGACGACCGUGGCUUUGCACAUAUAUCCCCCACCAAUAUAUCCGCCUUCCUGGUCGACCUCAGCGUACUAUAUCCUAGUCAGGACUACGUCAACCUGACUGGCAUAUACGUAGGCACUGACCUGGUUCAAUCGCCGUCUACGAUCUAUGUCGUCUCCAAGCAGGACUUGAGUGGCUGGCAGGCCAACGAUGCUGUGGAUCAAACUACGGGCCUCCCUCGGCCGCCUGGGCGCGCACAACUAAUUCUGACUUCGAAUGCCCCGUUGACCAUCGUUGUACCGCCAAACGCAGUGCAUGAGUUAUCAAUAGCUUUACGGAUCGCCCAUAUCCUGGAGGUAUAUCAUAAACUAGAUACCUCCAUCUUGACUUUCUCGGAGUAUGCCUUGACGAACAGUGACACACCUCCAGGAAAUCUCGUCUUGAUAGGUAACACAGCCGCUCCCUCAGUGAAAUGGUUGCUUCAAAAGAGUCCAACACCAUGGUCUCUGCGAGAGAGGUCUCUGUUUUUGCAAGGCCGCGCUGUUACACAAGCUGGGCAAGCUGUUGUAUCUACCUUUCCCCACCCAUCUCUACCGUCAACAGUCCUUCUCUUGAGUUCAAACGAAGGCGCUGGACUAGAGCGAGCAUACAGGCAAUUCCCCCUUCGAACUGGCGUCACGACUCCGGAUUGGCUAGUGAUGAGUGAAGGUGUUGAUAAUAUGGGUGCAGCGGGAUUAGACGGAGCAGGCACAUGGGGGCGUGAAUGGGUUUGGAACGAACCCAUGUCGUGGCUGAAUUAA